AUAAACCGAUGCUGCUCUGGUUUCUGCGUGUGUCCCCAAGCGCCGCGGGGCUCCUUCACCUCUCUGCCGCUAGUGCGGGGCCAGGAGGGCGCCCUGUGCCCCUUGCGUGCACCCUGCCCCUCCUGCGCGCCCCGCUCGCCCCUGCCCGCCCCUGCCCGCCCCUGCCCGCCUCCUGCCCGCUGCUGCCGGCGGGGCGGAGCGGAGCGGAGCGGAGCGGGCGGAGCGGGGCCGGGCGGGAGGGAAGCGCCGGCGGCGGCAGCGCUGAGCUCUUUCCCCAGAGCUUUGCAGCCCUGGUCCCAGACAUGGCACCUGGGAAGCCUGGGAAGAGCACAGGUGCCUCAGAGAACCCCUCGGUCACGCUCUUUCGGGAGUACCUGAGGAUUGACACUGUCCACCCUAAACCUGACUAUGAUGCAGCUGUCCAGUUUCUGGAACGUGUCGGCACCGACCUGGGCUUGGCCUGCCAAAAAGUGGAGGUGUGCCAGGGCCGUGUGGUGCUGGUCCUGACCUGGCAGGGCACGAACCCCCACCUGCGCUCCAUCCUUCUCAACUCCCACACUGACGUUGUGCCUGUCUUCGAGGAGCACUGGACCUACCCACCCUUCGAGGCAGUUAAAGACUCACAAGGCAAUAUCUAUGCCCGGGGUGCCCAGGAUAUGAAGUGCGUCUCCAUCCAGUACCUUGAGGCCAUCCGGAGGCUGAAGACAGAAGGGAAGUCUUUUGCCCGCACCAUCCACCUCACCUUUGUGCCUGAUGAGGAGGUGGGCGGACACAAGGGCAUGGAGAUGUUCGUGAAGUGCCCUGAGUUUAAAGCACUCAACGUGGGCUUUGCCAUGGAUGAGGGCCUGGCCAGCCCAUCUGACACCUUCAGUGUCUUCUAUGGUGAGAGGAGCCCAUGGUGGAUAAAGGUGAAGUGCAUGGGUAGCCCUGGGCAUGGGUCCCGCUUCAUCAGCAACACGGCGGCUGAGAAGAUGCACAAAGUCAUCAACUCCUUCCUGGCCUUCAGGGAGAGCGAGAAGCAGAGGCUCAAGUCCGACUCAAGCCUGACCCUAGGGGAUGUCACUUCUCUCAACAUGACCAUGCUGGAGGGGGGUGUCUCCUUCAACGUGGUGCCCUCCGAGAUGGCUGCCAGCUUUGACAUCCGCAUCCCACCCACCGUGGACCUGAAGGCCUUCGAGGAGCAGGUGACCGCAUGGUGCCGCGAUGCUGGGGAAGGUGUCACCUGUGAGUUCCAUCAGAAAUGCAUGGACCAACACAUCACCUCCACUGAGGAGUCGGACCCGUGGUGGAAGGCCUUCAGUGGGGUCUGUAGGGACAUGAAGCUGCAGCUCAAGCUCGAGAUCUUCCCAGCUGCCACCGACAGCCGCUACAUCCGAGCGGCAGGACACCCUGCCAUUGGUUUUUCACCCAUGAACCGCACCCCGGUGCUGCUCCAUGACCACAACGAGUUCCUGAACGAGCAAGUCUUCCUGCGGGGCAUUGAGAUCUACGCCCGUCUCCUGACUGCCCUGGCCUCAGUGUCCCCACUGCCCACUGAGGGCUGAGUGCCUGGCAAGGGGCAGGGAGUGCCAAGCAGAGAGACCCAAGGCUUUAAAAAGAGGGGCAGGGGCUAGGCACAGCAAAUACCUGCUACGGUGCUGGGGACGUGGAUGGCAUCAUGCCACGUUGGCUAUGUUCAGGGCUGGCCUGAUGGUGACACCCACAGGGUUGUGUCCCCUUUGGUCAGGUGCCAGUAGAGCCUCAUGCCCAGGUGCCUCCAGUCUUUCCUGGUGUUGUCAGUGCCUCCCCUUCUCCCUGUGCCGUCUCUGGCUGCACUGGCUGGGUGGUAAGCGGCUGGCCAGUGCCCCAGUCUGCCUCCCCAUGCCUUGCCCUGCCUCCCUGCCCGCUUGCUGGGGGAGCUGGGGCCAGUGCUGCCCACUCUCCCUAUCAAUAAAUCUCCUUGGUAAGCACA